AUGUCUUCCAACAAGGUCGCAGUCCUCACCGACAAGGCUCCCAAGCCCCUUCCUGGUAUCUACAGCCAGGCCAUCAAGGCCAAUGGCAUGGUCUUCGUCUCCGGCGCUGUUCCCAUGGACGCUGAGACUGGCAAGUUGAUCGACGGCGAUAUUCAGGCUCACACCCAUCAAUGCAUCAAGAACCUUACUGCCAUCCUCGAGGCCGCUGGCUCCAGCAUUGACAAGGUUGUCAAGGUCAACGUCUUCCUCUCCAGCAUGGACGACUUUGCCAAGAUGAACGAGGUCUAUACCACCUACUGGGGUGAUGUCAAGCCUUGCCGAACCUGUGUUGCCGUCAAGACUCUGCCCCUCAACACCGACGUCGAGAUCGAGUGCACUGCUCUCUUGUAA